CUUGCGCACCCCCAAAUUAUUUGCCUUUCCCCAGCUAUCUCUGCUUGCCCUAGCUAGCUUUCUCGCCGGCCAGCCGCCGCCGCAUCGUGCGCAGGCACGCUAUGCGGGCAAUUGGCACGGCGAGGGAGAGCCAGCAGCCAUGAGCAGAGACAUCGACGAAGGUAGCGCUUCGGCCGCGGCUGGAGGAGAAGGAGGAGGGGGAGCGGGCGACGAGGCAGCCGUCGACUCGCACGAGAACGACCUGGUGAUGCCGGGGUUCCGAUUCCACCCGACGGAGGAGGAGCUGAUCGAGUUUUACCUCCGGCGCAAGGUGGAGGGCCGGCGCUUUAACGUGGAGCUCAUCACCUUCCUCGACCUCUACCGCUUCGACCCAUGGGAGCUCCCCGCAAUGGCGGUGAUUGGGGAGAAGGAGUGGUUCUUCUACGUGCCUCGGGACCGCAAGUACCGGAACGGCGACCGGCCGAACCGGGUGACCGCGUCGGGGUACUGGAAGGCGACGGGGGCCGACAGGAUGAUCCGCGGCGAGAACAGCCGGCCGAUCGGGCUCAAGAAGACGCUCGUCUUCUACUCCGGCAAGGCCCCCAAGGGCGUCCGCAGCAGCUGGAUCAUGAACGAGUACCGACUCCCGCCACCCACCACCGACGCCGAUCUCUUCUACAAGUCGGAGAUCUCGCUCUGCCGCGUGUACAAGCGCUCCGGUAUCGACGACGGUCAUGGACGGCCCUCCUCCAGCAACGCCCAAGCAGCCUCGGCGAGGCCGGGCACCUCACGCGCCAUUAUGGAGCCGGCCGGCCGGCUCGUGUCAUCACCUUCUUCCGCGCCGCUGUCACCCACGCAGCAACCCAGCUUCCACGGCCUACUCGGCCAGGGCGACUGCUCGUCGACGCCGUUACCACCCAUCAUGGAUCAGGUCGCCGGACGCAAUGCUUCUCAGUUGCAUCCACUGCCCCUGCCGCCGCCACCGCCUCCGAGACCGUGUGGCUACGCGACGGCGAUGAGCUCGACAGCUGUGGUUGCGCCGGCCCAGAACGCGUGCACGUACUCGCUCAUGGCCAUGGCAGACGCAACCCUGAUGGGCAGCAGCUCCACGCCAGGAGACGAGCUUAGCAGGCUGGUGGGACACAGCCAGGCCUACACUAACCACCCGGACCCGGGCGGCCACUUUCUCCCGACGCCGCCGCAGCCGCAGCCGCAGAUGGCGCCCCUCGGCCAGCUUCCAUUGUCACCCGCCACCGUCUCCGACAAGCUCUGGGAUUGGAUUCACCCCGACACCAGCGCCAGCAGGGACUACGACAGUUCUAGUUUUAAGUGACUCCAUCACUCCACUCCAACCAAGUUAAUGCAGCCUCGAGAGGAGGUUUCAUAUGCCAGUGGGCAGUGGCACUGUGCAUAAUUCGUAGGUUCUCACAGCUGCCUAUGUUAAUUGAUCCGCAGUUAACUCUGAAAACCAUCAACCCUAGACUUUUAUUAUACCAUUUCACCACUCAUCCACAAUUAUAUGUCAAGUGGUAUAUAUGAUAAAUUACAGAUAUAUAUAGCACUGAGUUCAGUUUAA